CUGGGUGGAGGAGCUGCACGCGGGACCAGCAAAGUCUCCUCAGACAGUGACAGCCAGGAGUCUUGCAGAGACAAGAGACAUCAGGAAAAACAGAGGAUCAGAGCUGAGAGGCGCAGAGGCUAGGCCCCUCAAGAAACCAAGGUGACAGCCAAGGUACAAGGUGUGGGGGCAUGGAGCCACUGCGCAGCAGGAUUUGCAUGUUGGUGAGCAGGCUUUGGACCGUCAUCAGCAAGGCUCUGUUUGCAGAGUUCCUGGCCACGGGGCUGUACGUGUUCUUUGGCGUGGGUUCAGUCCUGCGGUGGCCCUCAGCACUUCCUUCUGUGCUGCAAAUUGCCAUCACCUUCAACCUGGCCACUGCCACAGCCGUGCAGGUCUCUUGGAAGACAAGCGGGGCCCAUGCCAACCCUGCUGUGACACUGGCCUUCCUCGUGGGAUCCUAUAUCUCGCUGCCCCGGGCUAUGGCCUACGUAGCUGCCCAGCUCACAGGGGCUACAGUGGGGGCUGCUCUGCUCUAUGGACUCACACCUGGAAACGUCCGAGGGACCCUGGGGAUCAAUGUGGUCCAUAACAGCACCUCCACUGGCCAGGCGGUGGCAGUAGAGCUGAUUCUGACCCUGCAGCUAGUGCUCUGUGUCUUUGCUUCUACGGACAAUCGUCAUGCAAGAGGCUCUCCAGCCGCCAUGAUCGGGACCUCUGUGGCUUUGGGUCACCUCAUUGGGAUCUACUUCACUGGCUGCUCUAUGAACCCAGCGCGCUCCUUUGGUCCUGCUGUCAUCGUGGGAAAGUUCACAGUGCACUGGAUCUUCUGGGUGGGACCCUUGACAGGGGCUGUUCUGGCUUCAUUGAUCUACAACUUCAUCCUGUUCCCUGACACCAAGACCGUGGCCCAGCGACUGGCCAUCCUCAUGGGUACCACAGCAGAGGAGAAAGUUGUAGAGGUGCAGCCUGAGAAGAAAGACUCCCAGUGUAAUUCAGAGGACAUCGAAGUGAGCGUGUGACCCAGCAUAGCCCUUGGCACCUCAGGCACCAUUGUAUCAUCUGACUUGAGAUUUUCCUAGUGGGCAAAUUACAAGGAGGAAUUACAAGGGGGAAUACAGAAGCU